AUGCUGAAACGAGCAUGGAUAGAUUUAUCAUACACAUUCUCGACUUCCAUUCCGCCAGUCAUGGAUCGUGCUCCACCUCACAAUUCAACUUCCGACCCGCCACCUCCCGAUAGUAGGGAAUGGAAGGCAUACAAUUUCCGCUCGGGAAAUAACCAACUUGUGGUCCAAAUUUCACUCGCGGAUGGUGUUUACCACUCGAUUGAUCCGACGUACCCAAUAAGGCCGGAUAAAGAUGGAAAUGGAAAAAAGGAUAUCACGAUGAGAAAUGACGGAGGAAAGAAUAUUGUCGUCAAGAUUGAUCUGGAUGCAACACAAACAGAGAGUGGUUGGAUCGUACACACGAGCUCAGAGCCAAUCAAGCCCAAAGAGGAGAGGCAAAUCAGCGUGGAGUGUUCGAAUUUGAACAGGGAGAAAGGACGGCAAAAAGCCACGUUUAAAAUGACAGCUCAAGAUGUUUCCUCAUCAAUUGUUUCGGAACCUCACAUGCUAACCCUCAUCGUUAAUAACGCAGACCGACCACUCGAGCGCAAGCGCAAGCAGAGCACGUCUCAUGCAGCUCCUCCUGGUCCUUCGAACGCUUCUCGUCUUGUGCAGGAACUUAGCUAUCAACUACCUGAGUCGUCAAUGAAGACUAGCCACGAGUACUUCCUUGACGGCUCAUCCAGUUUCCCAGUCCCCAGUCCCGUGCUCUCCACCGAUGGCUUGGAUUUGGUCGGAGAGCUCAAUACAUUCGCACCAGCACCAGCCAGCACCAGCGGCCAGAAUCCUUUCCAGCAGUUCUUGCUCACGGACCUCACUCAGCCCCUCCCGGAACUCGGAAAGAAUUUGGAGCUUGAUCCGCUGACCGACAAGGGCGAGCCCAAGCCCAAGAAGUCCAAGGAGCAA